CAGGAACACGAAAUCACGAAGUAUGAACGCUGAUUACUGGUGUGGUGCUUGCGACUGUUACUAAUUCUUGCGACACCAAACUUGAGAAAUAAAAUUACACAAAUAGUACAGUGCAAACUUGGCAUUACUUGAAACGUGUGGAGCAAACUACUUAUAACGAAUUAUCUGUAAUGUCUUUUUCGACGUUGAAGCCCGAAGACGAACAUGGCCAGGAGCUAGCCAAAGUGUGUGUCGCCCUAGACGAACUUACGUUAAAGCAAGUGGAUCUGGUAGAUGAACAGCUAGUUCUUAUGUCAAAACUUGGUAGUCUUAUGACUUGUGGCUUCAUUGACAUGGCCAAAAGCCGCUAUAUCAGUGGAGAGAAAACUGUGUCUGCCACACAGAUCCCAGGAGAGGACAGUGUUAUUGAAGCUGUAACUACUGUUGACCGUGACAGUGAGAACAAGCUGACACUCUCACGAAACAAAGAAGUCAAUGACCCCAUCAGAUGGUUUGGGUUGUUGGUUCCUGGCUCCUUAAAACAGAGUCAACAAGCAUUCCAAAAUGUUUUAAACAUUGCUGUAGAAAUUGUCAACAUUCGAAGAGAAUGGGUCCAGUCAAUGUCUGCAUUGGAGCAACAACACAAAACACUUGGUAGUUUAAAGAGCUCCACAUAAAAGAUAACCCAUAGUCAACUGUAGCCCAAGCAGCAUUUUUGAUAUAUCUUAAAAGAUAUGAAAAUAUAUAUUACAUGGAA